AUGUUUCACAAAUUGGCUCCGGCGUGUCAACCAAAGCUCAAAUCCAAACUGAGGGAAAAAUAUCAGAACAUUAACGAAGGAAUCUCAGAUCCUGGAACCUCAACCCUUCUGAAUGAGAUCUACACAGAGCUGUACAUCACAGAGGGAGGGAGUGGAGAGGUCAAUAAUGAACAUGAGGUCAGACAGAUUGAAGCAGCAUCCAGGAGACCAGCAACACAGGAGACACCCAUCAAAUGUAACGACCUCUUUAAAGACCAGUCCAUCAGAACUGUGCUGACUAAAGGAGUUGCUGGAAUUGGAAAAACAGUCUCUGUGCAGAAGUUCAUUCUGGACUGGACUGAAGGAAAAGCCAAUCAGGAUGUUCCCUUCAUAUUUCCACUUCCUUUUAGAGAGCUGAAUCUGAUGAAGACUGAAAAAAUCAGUCUGGAUGAUCUUCUUUAUCAGUUUUUUAAAGACACAAAAGAAUUAAAACCAAGAGAUUAUCAUCAGUACAAAGUCAUGUUUAUCUUUGAUGGUCUGGAUGAAUGUCGACUUCCUCUAGAUUUCCAGAACAAUGAGAGAGUAUCUGAUGUAACACAGUCAGCCUCAGUAGAUGUGCUGCUGACUAACCUCAUCCAGGGGAACCUGCUUCCCUCUGCUCUCCUAUGGAUAACUACUCGACCAGCAGCAGCCAAUCAGAUCCCUCCUGACUGUAUUGAUCAGGUAACAGAGGUACGAGGGUUCAGUGACCCUCAGAAAGAGGAAUACUUCAGGAAAAGGAUCAGAGAUCAGAGCCUUGCUGAAAGAAUCAUUACACACAUGAAGUCCUCCAGAAGCCUCUACAUCAUGUGCCACAUCCCAGUCUUCUGCUGGAUCUCAGCCACUGUUCUAGAGAGGAUGUUGGGUGAAGCAGAGGGAGGAGAGAUCCCCAAGACUCUGACUCAAAUGUUCACACACUUCCUUAUCUUUCAGAUCAAACACCGCAGCCAGAAGUACCAAAGAAAAAGUGAUGUUGAUCUUGACCAGACUAGAGAGAUUAUUCUGGCUCUGGGAAAACUGGCUUUCCAACAGCUGCAGAAAGGAAACCUGAUCUUCUAUGAGGAAGAUCUGAGAGAGUGCAGCAUUGAUGUCAGAGAAGUGUCCGUGUACUCAGGAGUGUGCACCCAGAUCUUCAGACAGGAGUUUGGACUUCACCUGGGGAAGGUUUUCAGCUUUGUGCAUCUGAGUGUUCAGGAGUUUCUGGCUGCUUUAUAUGAGUUUCUGUCCUUCAUCUCCAACAACAGAAAUGUGCUACCUGGCUUUUCGUAUUUUUUUAAAAAGGAAACAAUGUCUGACUUCCUGAAGAGAGCCGUGGACAAGGCCUUACAGAGUGAGAACGGACACCUGGACCUUUUCCUCCGAUUCCUUCUGGGUCUCUCACUGGAGUCCAAUCAGACUCUCUUACGAGGUCUUCUGAUACAGACAGAGAACAUCUCUCACAGUAAAGAGAAAGUAGUGGAGUACAUCAAGCAGAAGAUCAGGGAGAAUCCCUCUCCAGAGAAAACUAUCAGUCUGUUCCACUGUCUGAAUGAACUGAAUGAUCAUUCUCUAGUGCAGGAAGUCCAGAAAUACCUGAACAGAGGAGGUUCCAGUGAUCUCAGUGGAGUUACUCUCUCUCCUGAUCAGUGGUCAGCUGUGGCGUUUGUGAUGCUGAAUUCAGAAGAGGAGCUGGAUGAGUUUGACCUGAGUAAAUUUCAGAGAUCAGAAGAAUGUUUUCUGAGGCUGCUGCCAGUGGUGAAAGCAUCCAGGAAGGUUAUGUGA